AUGACGCGUAAGCUAUUUAGCGGUCGGCCCAAACCUCGCAGCGGCGCGAGACUGAAGAACCCGCCGCCCACCGCCGGCCAGAAUGCCAGCGGUGAGCCACCCCCCAAACGACGCAAGUAUAUCCCCGGAGGGCCCGGAGGCGGUGGACGCUACGUCGAGAUCGACGGCACGGAGACACCAGUGCGGCCGUCGAACUCGUCCAACAAGAAUAAAUCCACCCCACGCAGCAGACCGCCUCGCGAGCCCUCGCGAAUGGUUCCCCCAAAACUGUCCGCUUCGAUAUCAGCCGCCGGCGCCUCCGCCGCUUCCCCAGCGACUCCGGCCACCCCGGCCUCCUCCUCGUCCGCCCGUCCGAGACGUGAAAAGAACCAAACCCGCCGGUUCAGCUCUGCGGCUGCUGCCGUCCUCGCCGUUGCUCAGGGCGAUGGCUACAAGCCUAGAGAAGAGCGGGGCUGGGAAGAGUUCCAUCCGGAUCUCGAUAUCGAUGCGAAGAUCGCCGUGUUCAGCUCCGAUGAAGUCGACGGGCUCGUCCGGAGCUGCUCGGCGCAGGACGCGAGCAAUAAUGGCGAUUGUGCCGCCGAACCGGAUUCUUUGACCGCCACUUCGCCGCUGGAGCCGAUGUCCUCUUUCUCCUCGAGACGGCGGCCGGGUCGGCCGCGGCGGUUCGACUCAAUGGUCACCAGCAUUCUCCCCCCUCCCACGCCGAAAUUCGUCCCUGCUCCCGGUCCGAACCCGCGAGAGAAACUUACGCUGCCCAAGCCGUCGUUUGUGCAGAAGGACCCGUUUUUACCCUUUGAGCAGAAGGGGGUUGGGCAGCAGAAUUACGUGGACCGUACUAUGGCUAGUGUUGGCUACCAAGAGAGCGAUGUUUUCCUUCGGCAUGAGCGUCGUUUGAUUCGCAUGACAGAGGAUGCAGUGGAAGAAGAUCUAGACCUGGACCCUCCCGCGGGAACAGACGGUGAUGCUGUUAAUGCUGCUGUCGGGAAUAAUGGAGUUGGCCGCGUGGAAUAUGACAUGGAUGAACAGGAUGCUAAGUGGUUGGAAACAUACAAUGCUCAGAGGAAAAUAGAUCAAUUUGAGCCUAUCAAGCCGGCCAUAUUUGAAAUUACUAUGACGAAAAUCGAAAAGGAGUGGCACGCUCUCGAAAAACGAAUCCCGAAACCUAAUCCUAAACCACCGCAAACCCAACGACCUCGCUCGAGUUCUGCUGCAGCCGUGAACGGCGAGCAUUCUGGGCCCAACGAAGAACAGGAUAGCAAGUGCGCUGUGUGUGACGAUGGUGACUGUGAAAAUUCAAACGCUAUCGUCUUUUGCGAUGGCUGCGAUCUUGCUGUUCAUCAAGAAUGCUAUGGUGUGCCGUAUAUCCCCGAAGGCCAAUGGCUGUGUCGCAAAUGUCAGCUGCUUGGGCGGGGAGCUUCCUCCUGUAUUUUCUGUCCUAACACGGAGGGCGCUUUCAAACAAACCAACACUUCGAAAUGGUCUCAUCUGCUAUGUGCCGUAUGGAUUCCCGAGGUGUCCAUUGGCAAUCCUUCUCUGAUGGAACCAGUCUUGGAUGUGGAAAAAGUUCCAAGGAGCCGUUGGAAGCUAACGUGCUAUAUCUGUCGGCAAAAAAUGGGUGCUUGUAUCCAGUGCAGCAACAAAAACUGCUUCGCUGCAUUCCACGUCACCUGUGGGAGGCGCGCACAUCUCUACCUGAAAAUGAAACUGACACCGGGAGCUCCCGCUGUUAUGGACUCGAAUUCCCUCAAGGCUUUCUGUGAUCGCCAUGUACCUCCAGACUGGCGAAGGGAGUAUUGCACCGACCUUGCUACGGCAGAUGCAGUUGAAUAUUAUCGCACUACCAUGCAAGGCAGGCGAUGGGGCGACAGUCAGGCUUCUGCCCUUGCUUUAGAGCCAGAGUCUCCCAGUGGUGUGCCGGGAGCCGAUGACGAUCAAAGGCCUGUUACUCCACGUAUUACAUUGACUGUUGGUGGAAACAAACGAAAACGUGCUGGGCCACCAAAGGCGGUGUGGAAACUUCCAUCCGGGGCGCCAAUAAUACCACAAGUCAUCCUAAAUAACGUCGUGGCAUCUCUGCAACGAUUCACUGUUCGUCAAAGAAAACAAUACGCUGAAGAUGCUUGCAAAUACUGGACAUUGAAAAGAGAGGCUCGAAGGGGCGCGGCCUUGCUUAAACGACUCCAGCUCCAACUGGAGACUUUUUCUUCUAUUGAAAUGACAAGGCGAAACUUUGCCGGGAUGGGGCCGACCGGAGGUGUAAGGCUCCAACGACGUAUCGAAUUCGCCGAAAGGCUAUACCUGGAUGUGGACAAGGUUCGGAUGCUCUGCGACGAAGUCAAAAAACGAGAACGCGAGAAACUCAAAGAUGCGGAGACUCUUCGGAAUAUUGUCGAUCUAGUAUAUUUCCCCAUUCCUCCCAUGCUCUGGCCCAUUCUGGAGAAGACACAAGUGCUUGAUGGCAAAGGAGUCUUCCGCACAGGGUUGCUUGGCAUUCGUUCUAAUUUGGAGAACCGAGCGUAUACAUCUGUUUCAGCGUUCUCCCGCGACCUCGCUCACGUUUUCACGUCUGAGAUCGGAGUGGAGUCCGUUGGAGAUACGGCUGAAUUGCAAAUGCGGAUGCAAUCCAGCGGGCGAGUACCAGAGUUGAGUUUAGAGCAACGGGAGAAAAGGAAGCUUGCCAAGCGCAUUAUUAAGGCGAUCCAGCCGGCUUUGGAGGAUGCUUUGAAAAGAGAGAGUGAAUUGAAUGGCAAGCCAUAUGAAAAGGAGCUGAGGGACUUGGACCUCAUGUUGGAGAACAGCAUACUGUCUCGAAGAGGAUCGGUUUCUGAUUCUGCUGAAGCGGGUUCCGCCGAAGUGGAGGCUGAAACCACGGAUUUAGUCUCUAACGAAGCGAGACAUCCAUCUGAGGGAGAGCCUGAGCAGGUGUAUCAAGAUGUCGAGAUGACCGAUGUCGCAGCUGCUGUUCCAGAGAAAGACGAGACCUUACCCAUAAUAACAACCGCAAAUACUCAGAAUCACAUCAAUGAGGAAGAAAAACCGGUGAAUGUUGAAUCUGUUGAAGAUGCUCACUUGCCGCUCCGAAACCAUCAAGCGGCACUCACCCCCCAGACCAUUCACAGUGCAGGUGUGAGCGAUAUGGAAGUUGUUGCUGCUGCUUUGAAUCACGCCAAAACGACGGAAGAGCAGACUGGCCCACCUACUCCUCCGGCGAGUUUCAAAGACAGUCACCAGCCACUCUCAGCACAGGGCGGCAUUCAGUGGUAUAUGGAACCGUUUGAUCCCGUUGGCACUACCAUCCACGAGGAAAGAUGGACGGGCCGCGAGGUCCUUCGUGGCAUGAGCGAAGAGUUGAGCGAACUUGACGAGGAUGAGCUGCGCCAUCUGAGUGACGAAUUUGUCGGUGGAGCGCCGGCUCAGCCCAGCAACGGCGGGGAAAUAACAACGGGUGCGGGUCAGCUAGUACUAGCAGAAGGCGUCCCUUCCAUGUCAAAACCCAAGAACAUUCCCAAGAACAAACGGCGUUGGCGAGGAUUUAAAUAA